UCCUUAAAUAAUCACUUCCCAAUUGCAUUUUCCUUAUCAGGUAUACAAAGAAAUAGAAACCCUUAAUUCGGUGUUCAGUUGUUCAUCGAUUCAAGUACACAAUAGUUGAGUCCAGAACAUUGUGAGACCACACUGAUAUCGAUUCUUUAAAGUAUCCAAGAAUGGUGAAGAAAGAGCAAAAGAUCCAAUCUGUGGCGGCCAAAGAAGUUUUGUCGUCCGCAAUAUCGUCGUCGUCGUCGAGCUCGAAAUCUUUCUACAUAAAGAAGUACAAGGGAGUUAGAAUGAGAAGCUGGGGAUCAUGGGUUUCUGAAAUAAGGGCACCUAACCAAAAAACAAGAAUAUGGUUAGGGUCAUAUACAACACCAGAGGCAGCUGCUAGGGCAUAUGAUGCUGCUCUUUUGUGCCUUAAGGGAACUUCAGCCAAUUUCAACUUCCCAAUAUCCAAAUCACAAAACCUCCACCAUAACACCAUCAUGUCCCCUAAGUCCAUCCAAAGAGUGGCUGCCGCCGCAGCUGCCGCCGCCAACGGUAAUUUUCCUCCGCCAGGACCGCCCAUCUCUUCCACGUCAUCAGCCUCAACACCACCUCCGGCCACCCCAUCUCCAACUUUGUCUUCUUCAUCACCUACCUGCAGCCUCAUUGAGGAUGAUGCUGCCUCAUUAGCACCACCAUUGAUCAGUGACUACACAGUACCCUAUGUUGCAGAUGAGCCUGCAAUGGCCUCAUGGUACAACUUUGAUUCCCCCAAGUACACAGAUAUCCUCAAUGGAGCAUUUUUUGAUCCUUUAAUUAUGGAUGAUCCUUAUGAAGAUAUUGAUAUCCCCUUAUGGAGCUUCUGCUGAUCAUGACUCAUGGCACGUUUGGUCGAGACGAUUGAGUAGCACCUCACAAUAUUAAUACUAUCUAGUAUUACGUACUAAACGUGCAAUCAAAGUCGUAUAGACUAUUCAUCCAACUCAUUCACUAUUAUUUAUAAAUUUAUUCUUUGAAUGAUCUUCAGUUAUUUCUUGAAGACAUCACUGACAGUGACACAAUAAAUACAAUAUUUUAGCGUAGUUGAAUUUUUUAGGAAACAGGUGGAUUCUGAUAUAUUUGUAUUUAUAUCCUAUAUUUGGAGUGUAGUGCUAUAUCUGUUAUUUAUGGUCUCUAAAUGUAAUAAGGAAAAAAUCAUUUUAUUUAUUUUU